AUGAUUCGACUACCAACUACUACAAUCAUCCUAGGCGAUAGUGAUCUUAAGGACUUCGAGAGGCGUGAGCCUCAGCGAAGGGUGAACACAGAGUUUGACAGGUUCCUUAUUUGUGCCCAAGAAGCCGCAUGUUCCGACCAUGGCAAACAAAAGCGAUUACAAGGAGCCGAACUGGCCAAGGAACCCAAAGAGGAGGGUAUAUUCGAGAACCACAGGUUGACCCUGCCCAUGAGACCUGCUCCGAAUUUAAAUGCACCAUGCAUUAGGCCUGGUGCCGACAAAAGUGCACGCCCCGAGUCAUCACAUUCAUCCAACACUUUCGACGACGAGGAAGGUGAAAAUGGCGAUGAACUGGUUCAAACAGAUAUCUCGCCUCAGAAUCCGAACCCCCGGAUACCGCAAUCAUCAUCUACGGCGAAGGUCGAUGAUUUUUAUUAUGGAGAGUUUGUCGAAAGCCCAGCUCGAGGCACUCCCACGCCCCGAACUUCUCAAUUCCUGGAAGCAUCAAGAAUAGGAUCUCGCCGUCUGCCUCCUCGAUCGCCUCUAUUUCUCUCUCAAAUGGCAUUGACCGGUAUUCCGACAUCGGGGCUUACCCCUCGUGUGGAAUCAAGAGUCGCUAUGCAUAACGCACCUGGAAUUAUAUUCGCCCAACCGCCCCGACGGCCACUCAGACCUGAAAUUAUAUUUGGACAACCAGGUCGACGCCCGCCGAGAUACACUCCCCGUUCAUUCCGCCACCAAACCAAUAGCUUCUCCCUUGAUUCCUUAGAGCGAUCAAGCACUGCAUAUGAACAAGAUCCCGUAUCGUCUAAUUCUACUAAUAAUAGAACUCCAAGGCAAGUGGUUGGAGUAAGCUUAGAUGAAGAAAUUACUGGACGCGACGGGUCUUUAUCUAUCGAGAGGGAGCAACGGGAAGGGCGACGGACAUCAACAUCUUUUCAUAAUUAUGGGGAGUUCAAACUGGACCACCAUGCCUUUCGUUUUUCGUCUCCACAAUCCCGUUUCGAAGAUGGCGAUGAGAUGGCGGGCUUGGAGAUAAUAUCUAGGUCCCCCUCGCCACAACUUCCACCUCCACUCCCAACUUUAAUGGCCGGACCCAGUGUUACUAGCUCGGAGUCUCUGUCACGGCUAGAGCUGCAUAUUACUUGGAAUCCGCUGGCGAGCCCGAUUAAGAGUCCUGCAUCCUUGUCUCUCACAACCAUCGAUGGGCUAGGGCACACGUCAAGUCCUCCAUCCGGCCGCAAUAGUAGCUCGAAUAGAUUCCUUUCGCAUUUAAUAUCUGCAUAUAGAUCCCGCUCUCCUUUGAGCCACCAUGGCUCAUUGGAUCAUCCCCCAUCGUCCUCGAACUCGUCGCCAACGCCCCUGAGGAUCCGAGCCUCACCAGGUGAUGUUAAUACUGAAACGCCUCGCAACUAUCGUGUGUAUAACGAUGCAUCCUCGCCGAGGACCCAGCCUCAGACUCCAGCUCACCUACCCGAGGCUCGACAUCAAUCUCGCUUUCACCCUUCAUUCACUACACCAGCACGCGGGGGGUCUAGCAUAGGCACAAUCAAUUAUGAUGGUGCAGGCCCAGAGCAGCGUGAGCGGCCGGUCCGGCCGCUAUCCGGGACUCCGUCGCGAAGGGGUGUAGGGAGGUCCGACUCCCCAAUGGGAAUGUUAUCUCGCGGUUUCCAUGGUCUCUAUGGGGGCAGGGAAAAUGACGAUGAUGAGCGUAGUUGGGCGGAAGGAAUAAGUCACGAUAAUGCGGAAAUAAGACUUUGGGGUUUGCGGGAUGCCCGAAAUGACGGAAGAAGUUUGAAUGAAACACCAGAGAGAGAGGAUUGGAGGGCGGGAUUGAGAUAA